AUGACUGAUGAACUCCAUUCCUCCGGCCCUGAGGCCUUGGCUGAAAGCUUUUCUGCCGUGAAUCCGAUGACAGUUACUGCGCCUGAGCUUGACUUGCUUGAUCCUGUUACAAUGAAUGAGCUUGACUUCCUUUUAGGCCAUGGCUCGGAGGUCGCUACUCCUGUUUCUAACGCCUCUCUUUCUGCACCUCAAUCUCCUCUGGCGCAUCAGGCUUCUCACGUUUCGCUUUCUUCUGCGAUUAUGCCAUCUUCUCCUCCUGUUUUGCCAUCCACCUCUCCUAUUGCGCUGGCUUCCUCUCCGGUUUUGUUGCCCACUGGUCCUAUUGUGCUGUCCUCCUCUCCUGUUGUGCCAGCCUCCUCUUCUAUUAUCUCUUUUUCUCCCUCAAUGUCUAUUGGCAUCGAAGGUUGGCUAGAGGCACAGAUCCCUAGCAACCCGACUGCGCAGAGUCCGGUCUUACAGGAUGCCAAGAUCUUCGAUGAUCUAUUUCAAAGCCCAAUUAAAGGGCCCAGAACUUUUCAGGAUGGUGAACCCUACGUCCUAUCCCAGCCACAGGGUCCAAUUCGUUUCCGACCCAAAGAAAUCCCGGGCGGCACCAAGGGCUCCCCAAAAUUGAUCCACAACCAGGCUUAUGCCCCAGUUCAGCAGCAAGAACACUUGGAUGGCAUCUUUAGCCUUGAUCUGCUCAAGAGUCCAAAUGAAGAAAAAUUAGAUGGCAUCUAUGGCCUUGAUGAUCGGUUCCAGAGUCCAAAUGAAGAUCUCGGAACAAUUCUGAAUGAUCUCUCCUACCUCAUUCCCAACGCACCGACUUACCACCCCGUCCAAAAGCCACAGAUCCCGAGCACUCCCGAUUAUGCCCCAAAUAUGAUCCCUGCGCAGUCCCAUGCCACUGUUCAGCAGCAGGCAGACUUGGAUGCCACCAAUGGCUUCAAAAAUUCGUUCCAGAGUCCAAUUGAAGGUCUCGGAACCAUUCAGACUGACGAAUCCUGGCUUCUCUCUGACAUAUCGACUCCUUGCCCCGCCCUCGAGCCACAGAUCUCGAGCACUCCAGAUUGUGCUCCAGCUAUGGUCCACACGCAACCCAAUGCCCCUGUUCAGCAGCAGACAAUCUUAGAUAAUACCGAUGACUUUGAAAAUCUGUUCCAGAGUUCAAUUGAAGAUCUCAGAACCAGUCGGAAUGAUCGUUCCUCCCUCUCUCACCCACCUAUCCCUCACCCGUUUCAACGAUCACAAAUCUCAACCGCCCCCAACUCCUCUCCUAAUAUGUCCCGGGCUCAUCCCCAUAUCCCUCCUCCGAACUGGCAACAGGUGAUUUCGGCGGCUCCUUGCACCAAUCUGCAGGAUCCGUUCCAGAACAUGUCCGGGUUCCCAGGACCAGUCGAGACUGCGCGACUCAUCCAGAGUGAGCCUCGUGCCCCUAAUCACACCAAGAUCCCUGUCAGUGCCAAGACAGAUCGGUCCCCCGCAACGGCCUUUCGAAAGCUGAAGGCGGCUCUCUGCAUGGCGGCAAGAACCAAUGCCGUUCAGGAAUUUGAUGGGAAGCCAGUGAAGGUUGUGAAGCGAACACCCGUACCAGCAAAAUCAAGCGGUAUGCAGGGUUCCCACGCUGCGCUGAGGGCUUGUUUGCUGGAAUAUGCCCAGCAGGUCAUUGAAGAAAUCGCCCCGGACCUCCCCACCGUGAGUAGUCCUCAGAAGGAGGCUACUCCAAGCGCCACCACCAGCCCCUCAAAGAAGCGCAAGAGUGAGGAAGCGGAACUGGAGUUCCGUUUCUAUUCUCCUAGCCCGCCUGGGACGCCGACACCACCACCAUCGAAGCGAUCCCGCCGAGACUCAACCGCGCCCUCUCCAAGUGAAGGGGCCGGUAAUACCACCACCGAGGCGGACUCCUCUCACCCGGGGCCUCAGAACACCCCCGGGGCCAAGCACGGCUCGCCUCGAAAGAAGGCGCCGUGUAAGGCGGUGCCCUACCCUCAGAGCUGGGCCGAAGCGUCCGGCUCCGACAUCCUGCUCUUCGAAUUGAAGAGGGCAGGAAGCACCUGGGAGACGAUCGCGAAGACACACCGGGACAUCACCCGGUGUGAGUACACGCGUUCUGCGUUGCAGAACCGGUACUUCGGGAUCAAGAAGAGUAUUGGAGAUUUGCCAACGCGGUUAGUACCUGCCGGGGGGCAGGCCUAA